AUGUCGAGACUUACCAUCCGAUACGGUAUUCUCAUCGCGUGUCUUCUUUCCUGUCUUCUCACAAUAAUAGUCAACCGAAUCAGUGCAAUUGUGAGUGGAUUCGAGAACAAAUGAUGAUUGCGCGGUAACAGAAUUCGAAACCGACAAUAUCGGAUUGUCGGAACGCGUCGAGCAUUCGAACCGAAACGUAUGAGGCGGAGUUUUGCAUCGCUUUCAACUUUUUGGAAGCCACUGAAUCGUGAGUCACACAUACACGAAAGCUAUGCGUUUCUGAAGAGAGAACUUCAAAUCCGCGCACGGCGCGGCUUUCGCAACAUACGCAGCCAAAUGGUAUGCAUUUUUGCGCAUCGGUGUGGCUCUGCGUACAGUGCAUUUUAUGUUACGCGCAAAGUUCGUUUUUUUUUAGUUGUUGAUGAAUUUUCUCCAAAUAUUCAUCUCUUUAAAGCGUUUUUCUCCACUUUCUACCUCAAUUAGACCUUUUUACAGAUUCCAGAUGAAGUAAUACGCGAAGAGGAGUCGAUGCGAUGAAAAGAAACGCGUAAGUAAGCGAAAGUAAGGUUUUGUUCAGAAAAUAUACGAUUUCUCGAAAAACGUCUCUAGAUUUACUAAUCUUUUGAUUUAAAAAGUUCACUAACAUGACUGUGAAUGUCUUCGAAUCAAAAAAAAGUAGAGUGACAGCUCGAUUUCGCGUAAAAAUUGGUCUUUUGCCGGAAAACAGUGACAUUUCGUUGAAAAAAAAAAUUUUCUCAAAAACCGUCUCUAGAUUUUCGAAUUUUUUUGUUUAAAUAGUUCACUUACAUGACUGUGAACGUUUUCGAACUAAAAAAAAGAAGAGUGACAGUUCGUAGAAGCAAAAAAAAAUUUUUUCAACGAAAUUUCACUGUCUUCCGGCAAACUAUCGGUUUUUUCGCGAAAUCGAGCUGUCACUCUACUUCUUUUUGGUUCGAAAACAUUCUCAGUAAUGUAAGGAAAGUUUUUCAACCAAAAGAUUAGAAAAUCUAGUCACGUUUUUCGAGAAAUCGUGCAUUUUCUGAAUAAAACCUUACUUUCACUUACUUACGCGUUUCUUUUCAUCGCAUCGACUUCUCUUCGCGUAUUACUUCACCUCGAAUCUGUAAAAAGGUCUAAUUGAGGUAGAAAGUGGAGAAAAACGCUUUAAGAAGAUGAAUAUUUGGAGAAAAUGCAUCACCAACUAAAAAAAAGAACUUUGCGCGUAACAUAAAAUGCACUGUACGCAGAGCAACACCGGCGUGCAAAAAUGCACAGACUGAGGAUCAAACGUUUGGUGAACGUCGCAAAAGCCGCGCCGUGUCCGAUUUCCAGAUUUCGCGGGCCAGACGGUCUCGAACCGAUCACACUGGCGGUGCACUCGACGUCGGACGCGAUGAGAACGGCGGAAAAGAAGGCGUCCGAGUGGGACGGACCCAUCUCGUGGGCACUCUUCAUCGACGGCCACUCGCUCGAAAGUGUCGAGUACGUGGCAAAUGUGCAUCGGUGCGUGCCAGAGUUCCGCCGGAAAGUGCGUGUUGCACCAUGCAACUAUUAUGCAACUCUUUGCAGGUAACCGUACACUUUGCCUUCCGACUCUCCCCAUUCCAAGCACAGUGUCCGACUGUCGAACGACCGGGGACCGUGCCGGACUGCCAGGAGUUUUUGCAAAAUCGUGCGCCGCGUGGCAAUGCUCAAAAUGAACCGUUUUUCAGGAGGCAAACUGCGGAACUCGCUGAUCGGUCCAUUCCAAGUCUACCCGAUCAAUGCGAUGCGGAACGUGGCGAGACUCGGCGCCAAGUCCGAUUUGCACUUUCUCGCCGACGUCGACAUGGUGCCAAGCGGUGGAAUGGCCGAGAAAGUGAAGAGAAUCGCGAACGAGGUGAUCGACGGGAACGCGAGAAAUGUGCUAGUUGUUCGGUAUAGCUCCCUCCCCCAGGAAACCGUUACUUUAAAAAAAACACGUACUUGCAGACGUUUCGAGAGCCAAGGCUCGGAAAUUCCAAGAGAUUUGCAACAAUUAAAGUCGAUGUUCGAGCGGAAAAAGUUUGUUUUUAGGCGGAAAUUUUUUUGUAUGUCUUGAAUGCAGAGUCUUUGAAUUCCAUCACAAAUUCUUCUUUGUCGGCCAUCGAAUCCCGGACAUUGGUCAUUGGUUCAACGUUUCAUCACAUGGAGUCGCUUCCUGGCCAAUUCCAUAUCAGUAAGUACCAGAAUUGAGCGGAAGAACUCAACGGAAGAAUUUUUAUCGUUUUUUGAAAAUUUUUCAAAGGUGGAGUCCAACGUGACAUACAACAUAUUUUUAAAAUAAACUUCGAAGUGGGGCAUUCACUUUCCCAAAGUCCCGAAUUAGGAAAAAAAUUCCCCGAUUUUUAAGAUUUUUUUCAAAAAAGUUAAUGGUACCGAGAGAAGUAGACGGCGAAAUGGAAGAGCUGGCCUAAAUUUUUCUAGUCCCCGGAUGGAAUUCCCUUUUUUUCCGCUUUUUUUCCGUUUUAGUGCAAUUUUCUUAAAUUUUCAAUCGUUUUUUCACUGAAAACAUUAAUUUGAUCGCUCAAUCAUUUCCUGAGUCUUAAUUAAAGUUUGCGAGUUACGCAAAGUUAUAUUUUUCAAAGUAAUGCGAAAAAUCCAAAACUUUCUAUUUUCAGUUUUACAAAAAGUGGCUGAAUUUCUGAAUUUUGCUGAAUUUUGAAAGUUUAAGAUUAUCGAUUUUUUUGGCGUCACGGCACAGAAAAAAUCAUAAAUUUUUUUUCAAAUAUUGCAAAUAAAUGUGUUCAGUGAAAAAACGAUUGAAAAUUUGAGAAAUUUGCACGAAAACGGACACAAAAUCGGAAAAAAGGGGAAAUCCAUCCGGGGACUAGAAGAAUCUAGGCCAGCUCUUCCAUUUCGCCGUCUACUUCUCUCGGUACCAUUAACUUUUUUGAAAAAAAUCUUAAAAAUCGGGGAAUUUUUUUUUCGUAAUUCGGGACUUUGGGAAAUCGAAUGCCCCACUUCGAAGUUUAUUUUAAAAAUAUGUUGUAUGUCACGUUGGACACCACCUUUAAUGGAAUGUGAUCAACUGACGAAAUGUAUAGAAAAGUGAACUCUGCUCAUAGAAAAAUAAUUGUAAAUUUAGCUUUUUUUUAUAACUUUUUUGUAUGAAAAGCUAAAUUUACAAUUAUUUUUCUAUGAGCACAGUUCAUUUUGCUAUACAUUUCGUCAGUUGAUCACAUUUCAUGAAAAAAUUUUCUAAAAAAGAUAAAAAAUUCUUUCGUGUUCUUUCGUUGAGUUCUUCCGCUCAACUGUUCCCUCAAAGAUCGAGUGCGUGGGAGGUGCAAGUGAUAUUGCACCGUCGUGCUCCGUACAAUGCCGUCUAUUUUCCGUCGCGCAUCCGAGACAUGCAGUCGUUGAUUUACGAGCUUUGCCGGGCCGAGUACACUUUCCAUUUGGUGGCGAAUGUGUUCAAUGUGCACGAGGGCGUCAAAACGAACGAUUCAAUGUACUCGCAAGUGGUGACCCGACAUCAGAGGGCCUACGGAACACGGUGCGGCGAAUUGAAGUCGGAACAUCGAGUAGAUUUGUGUUGCAGGGCGUACAAACGGUACGUGCAAGAGAUGGACGAUCGGUAUCCGAGCACUCGGGACCAAUGUGGAUCGUUCAACAUGUAA